AUGUGUGAACGCUUUGCAGGGAUAUGGACUGUUGUCAUUCUCCUAAUUGCUAUUAUUCUUCUGCAGGGGGAUAUCCUUCCAAGUCCCUUCUCAACCAUACGAAGAGGCAAUUCACCUUGUGAAUGUCUAACAGGUAUAUUUGCCGAUAAUGCCCUUCGCACUGCACUUCGUCGUGAGAGUUUAUUUAUUGGUAUUCAUUGGCGUGAGGCCCGUUCACGUGUGGUUCCCUUCUUUGAUCCGUGGAGUCUCAAGUACGCUAACUGUCUCUCACUGCAUGAGUUCUCUAUUCCCCUUGAUGGGAUAGAAUUAAAUACGAGUACGAGAAAGAUAAAUGGAGAGAGUAGUCUUGUAGCCGUGGAGGAGGCACUGCGUCGCCAAAUGGAAGAGGAUAUCGCAGAUGAUGGCAGUAAUGGUAAUCGUAAAAAUAGUGGAUUGACAAUACGUGAUGGUGGUCUAUUUGGGGUUCAACGUGUUUGGCGAGGGCGUGGAAAAAUAUCUUCUUCUUCGGCUAUUGAGAGAACUCCAACAUGUCAUGUGUGGAUAUUGCCAGAAACCAUACAAUUACCGUUGGAGGUUUGGAUGACUCUAAGGACAUUAUUAGCAGAAGGUACACUGGCUGGUAAAUCUCUAUAUUUGACGAGUGAUAAUAAUAAGAGGCAUAAAUGGAAGUAUUAUCAACCUUUUGGUGUUUUGUUGUGGGCGGAUCCUAAUGACCGUGAGUCAUUGAAGCGAAUGGUGCCAGCAUCUACUCUCAAGAUGUUUACAACCAUCAGUCGAUAA